AUGUGGAAAUCACUUCUGAUUUCCGAUGAUAUACUCAAGGCAAUUGAGGACCUCAAGUUCGAGGAGCCUACUCCUAUUCAACAACAAGUGUUGACACUCGCUAUCCGCGAUUAUGCCGACAUCCUGGGCUCGGCACCGACGGUAUGCAGUGUUUCUGUCUUUCCUAUCUCAUCUUUUUGUAGGGAAGCGGAAAGACGCUCGCUUUCGGUGUACCUCUCCUAAUGCGUGUACGUGAGGCAAAAGUGAAAUUGGAAACCUCGGUAGGUCUUCUCUUUUGAAUACUUGAACACCAAACUACCAGGUGGGCAGUCGCUGCAUCUGGUUCAUUAAACUGAGUAGAUCAUGAAUUCUCCGCCUGUCCCGUCUUUUGUACGACAGAAAGCACCUUAACGCAUUUUUCAUGACGUGUAAAUGUUACUGGAUUCAUGGUCGUAUGCCUGAAUAUGAGAUCACGGGGCAAAAGGUACUGCCUACUUAGUUUUAGUCUUCCUCCUCUCUAAUUCAUCGAACUUUCAGAAAGCAACUGAUAGGUUUUUGUGUGCAGCAAUCAACGUGAAAUUACUGACCGCCCAUUGUUAAGUGCAUUUACGUAUUUUUUCAGUUUUUUUACCAUCUGUCCCGUUUUUUCCGACUGCCUCCCUUAGGUCUGAGUUAACUUUGAUCUCCGCAAUUUUCCCUAUCAGCAGCGUCGGUUCGAGACAGCCUCCCCUGAAGCCUGUGUUCUAUACCAUUUUUAAAGUCUCGAAUGGGUAUCCGAUGAUCGCAGUCAAAGGGUACUUUUCGUUCUUAUUAACGAGGCCCUACUCUAAAAUCUCGGUGAAUCCCAUCCCACAUUCAAGUGUCAUCAGAGAAUCCCACGCCCAUGAGACUUUAAAUCCUCCCGGUCGUAGCGGACGUAGUGUUAGAGUUUGAGCUAACCAAACUUGACUGAGUAGAAUUUUAAAUUUGCUCAUCCUGGCGGCAUGAAAACGACAAUUUGCCACUCAUGUCGCCUUAGUUUUUGUCGGUAAACCUUCUGAUUAUUUAUUGAAUGCCGGCAAGAACUUGUGACAUAAAGAGGCAUCCGUAUUCCGGUUGGUCAACCCUGCUCCUGUCCGUCAGAAUUCCGGUUUUUGGUAACUACCGAGUCUCAUUCCUAUGGUUUUUUAAUGCUAUCAUAAGCCGCUGGCUAAACCUCAUCUUAUCCGCCACUUUUCUGUUUCUCGUUCUAGUUUCAGUACUUCAAUUGUAAGAUGAAUAAAACCCUAUCAUAGGGUAGUCUCAUUCUGAUUCUUACAUCCUGAUUUGUUCGUGCUCUGUGCUUGCUACGAUCCUAGCUACAACAGGUUUCCCGAUUACAAAUCAGCCUGUCUCCUGUGGCGAAACCUCUAUCUGUAGCCAUCCCUUCUGUUCACUCCUAAAUAAUGUUAUAAGGGCCGCAGGAUGAAAAGUGAACGAGCGCCAAGGCACAUCCUUGUGACACUAAUUCCGAACCAGUGUUCAUCAUUUGUAGGUGAAAUCCAAAGGUCCAGAGCCUUGCUUCUCUGAAAAGACAGUGCCACCACCGUCGCAGCCAUCGAAGAAAUCAAAAAGUAAGUUCCUCGUCCUUAGUAUGAUCUAUUCUAAUGCAUUGGAUUGUCAACAGUUUUAAAAAUGGGAUUCCCAGGUGGCAUGUCGAAGGAAGUGCGCCAUGAGGCGAGAUAACAACUCAAAGCGCCAGAUCUCCAGUAAACUUCUCCCGGUGAACGUCUCUUCUUCUUUUGGCACUGGAUUAUAUCUAGAGUUUUAAGAAUGUGCAAUUUCUACCUAAACACGCGAAAGUUUGCCAUGAAAUUGAUUUGACGAGUUUUGUAUUGGAAAGGACCUCCUGAGCGUUCUAACAGGUGUAUUUUAAUCACUACGACUAGCUACCAAUAGAAAAACGUAGUUUUACGCUACGGUCUCAGUUGGAGGGCAGUUCCUGUGGAAAAACUGUGAAUGUCGGUCUCUGUAAUCAAAUCCUUCGCAAUUUACUGUCCGCCUUUUUUUCCUUUCUUGAUUCUUUUGGGAGAAAUUGAAAUAGCUCUCACAAAACGCUGUGAGCAGAUACCACGUUCUAGAGGCUUCUUACUGUCCACAGCAGUGGCUUGCAUUUUAUUUCAAGCCAUCGUAAGCCAGUAUAUCCAGUAGUGCAAUGAUAUAAAGAGGAUAAUAUGCCCUAAGGCACAACGGGACGAGUGAGUUCUGUAAAACGAUCGGUAUGCGCCCCUCUACCAUUGUAUGUUCUCUAUCGCAACCGAGCCCGUGACUCAGUGCUUAGAGGCACUGGACUUCGAACUAACGGGCCGCGGGUUCGAGCCCCAGGUGUUCCACACUUCGGGCUUGGGUAUGACCUGCUGACGACGGCUAAUAAGCCAGAAAUGGCCAUUCCAGUCUCCCCUGUCUUUGUCGGUAGUGCUAUUCUGCCUAUUUCAUGCUCUGCUGUACGGCUGCUGGUUGGUCUCGAGAGAGAGAGAGCCCUAAGGCACAAGGGCGAGUGAGUUCUGCACACGAUCGGUGAGCGCCCCUCUACCAUUAUAUAUAUAUAUAUAUAUAUAUAUAUAUAUAUAUAUAAUUUAGUUAGUACCUAUGUCGGGAGUGCGGAUCGCAAUUUGAUAGCUUCGGGUUGACUUUGUCGCAGGCCUUGUCCGCACAGACCUUGUUUCGACAGCGGUGUAGGAAGGAUAACUGUUCUCGUGUCAGACUUUCGCGAGUUGCGCAUUUAUCCCAUCCGUUAUGGUCAAGAGAUGCUUGGAGUACUUAUAACUGAUGCGCACUAUCGAGUUCGUAAAUUCACAGAACAGAGAGAACAACAUAUGCAAUUUUGCAUUGACCGACUUCCUCUCCAGCUGUUCGAACCUCUACAGGAGACCAUCACGCACGUCUCGGAACUAGAGCGACUUAAAAGAGGAGCGUUUUGGACAAAAAGUGGAUGAAAAUUUCUCGAAAGAGUCACAACGAUUCUACAUCCUCAAAGAAAGUCAUAAGCUUAGUAUCACGAGUACUGACGGCAACCGAAACGAACGUGCUGAGCAAAGGAAUGAAGUACAAUCCAUCCGACCCCAAUUACGUGGACUUCCUUGCCAGCUUCGAAUCAAUUAUAACUUCGGUAGGUCUUACAGAGGAGGAGCAAUUUACAAUUCGCAACAGUACUGUACAGGCCUUGAGGAACAGAAACAAGUUCUCAACUUUAUAUUGCGAUGAAAGGACGGCAUUAAAUUCAUUCUGGCCGCUGACAAAGGAGGCUCCACCACCAUACUGGACAAAACAAACUCCACAUAGAAGAUGAUGGCACUACUGCAGGAGAAAUCCGCCUACGAACCCCUGAAUGCUGACCCAACAAAAUCACAGACUUCACACAUUGAAAAGACAUUAAAGUGGCUUACGGGAAAGAAAUUAAUCUCAGGAGUCCUAGCCGAAUCCUUAAAACAAGACCAACCCACAAUUGCCAAGAUAUAUGGACUUCCUUAAGUUCACAAAACGGGUAUUCCACUGCGACCGAUAGUCUCCUUAACCGGUGCACCAAACUACAGGAUUUCUAAGUGGCUAUUUCACCAUUUACAUCCACUUACAAAGAACUCCGACAACUCAAUUGAAGAUUCAAAUGAGUUCCUAGACAAAUUAAAAGGAGUGAGCGUGGCAACCGACGAGAUAAUGGUUUCAUUCGAUGUAAUCUCCAUUUUUACCUCGAUUUCAUUAGAUUUAGCGAGACUCUGCACUGAUGAACUCCUUCAGGCCUACACCACCGAUGUGCCUGCCGACGCUCUACUCCAACUACUUGAUGUCUGUCGACCUGCCCUCGAAGAACUUUCCGACCGAGGUCGAGUUAUUAGGUUUCCCGGAAUCAAAAACUGAUCACUAUCUCCCCCGUCUUUAUCAUUAACGCUUCGCCCUGCGACAGAUGCCACUACUGCGCGUUUGAGAUUUUUACUUAUCAAUAUCGCAACCCUAUUUAAGAGCAAAGUGCAAACAUUUAAGACAAAAUUUGUGUCGUCCUCGCCUCCCAUCUUUCCUUUCCCCACCUAACCCAAUCCCCUAAGGGCACUUCAAAAUGUCCUCGCCUUGGGUGGAGGGAAAGACAGACUGGUCAUAGCCACACAACUCAAAUCUGAGAGCCACACAGCUGAUCCGGAGUCAUUUUAUGCCAGAUUUAAUGUAAUUCAGGGUUUCCAUGUCUGUUUGGCCUUAAUGGUAAAUGUUCUACAGUAGAAACUGUUUAUCUGGUACGGGGGAAUCCCCUCGUCUUUUGCUCAGGCAAUGAUUAUUAUCCGGUAGGUCCGUUCGAUCCUCACGUUGAUGCUGAUCUACAUCCGCUCUCUGGACCAGUAGAAUUCGAGUUCGCCUAAUGUCGUUCAGAGUUAUAAAUAUUGGCUCCUAAGACUCUGUUAGUCCUCUUACUGAUGUUUUUCCUGUUUUCCCCACUUUUAGAGCUGCAAAAUAUGCUUGAUGCACAGCUGACCCCGGCUGAACGGAAGAGGAAAAUGAUAUUCAGUCAGUUGGGCAUGAUUGAGGAACUUGACCCUGAUACGUUGAAAGUGAAAAAAGUGCACGAUGCGUCAGCAGGGAAGAUUCCUGAAAAGAACGCAGUCGUUACGCAGAAACUUCCGAACGAGUCGCAAACCAGUGCUGUCGGGGAAAUGCCACAUGGUAUUCUGGGGUUGGUUAUCCUACCGACUCGUGAACUCGCCCUACAGGUAAUCUGCAAUACCCUAUACAACCUACUGUGUGUUUGUUAGUAGCACGUUUUUAACAAUAUGUUUGUAUUGUAGGUUGCAGACCACCUCCGACAGCUGGCUAAAUAUAUGCAGCCAGCCAUCGUUAUUCAAGCCCUGGUUGGCGGAAUCGCGAUUCAGAAGCAGGCCCGCCUCUUAAAGAGGCAACCAGAUGUUGUUGUCGCGACUCCUGGGCGCUUAUGGGAGUUUCUCCAGCAAGUAACUGUCCCAGCUUAUUUUUCCACUUUUGUUCCUUUUUUUUCAAUUCACGCUCUAAAACCGCAUAGGUCUAUUCAAAUCGAUUUGAUUUAACAUACUCUAUCAAAGGACUCAAUAAUGGUAUUAGUUAUGUUUGUUCUGCUUACAUUUGGCCGUAUUGGGGGGGGGGGAGAGCAGGUCAUGGUUGAAGGAUAAUGCACCAUGAAGUGCCAGUUUUCCGCUUGUAUUAUCGUUAUCCCAUCCGCAACGACGGGGGCUUUUCUGACGCUAAAUCUCUAGAGUUAUUAUCACACCCCACGCCCGCUUGGUGUAUACCUCGACCCCCUCGACUCUGUAGAUUGAAACACAUCCCUAGUCAGGUCGUCGCGAAGAGGGUCACGUAACGGCUUGUGGAUGACGCUAUUGCACUCCAGGCUCCUUUCGUCUUGCAUUCUGUGCGGUCAUUCCCUUGACCAAUUAUUUCUGUACUCCCGAAAGUGAUCGCCCCUAACUGCCCACCCUUUGUGUAUCUCUAGUCGCCUAAUGGACGUAUUUGUCUUGGAAUGAAUCGCGUCCUACCCAAUGGACCACUUGCUAUGUUUAGCCUCUUGACAGGCUGUCUGUAAUUCUCAUGGCCUUUCGUUGAUUCCGUAGCUCCUCCCUUCUCCUCUGCGUCCGGAGACGCGCCUUCUCGCUUCCGUUUACAGUUUGUAUGCUUUUCUUGCUUCUGAGGAUCCUAUUAAGUCCAUUUAAAUUGACAAAACUUGUAAGUUUCUCGGAUUUUACAUCCUAUAUGGGUGUGCUUCCGUUUGGAAAGAAACAUGCGGAUUAGAGACGCAGGAACUCCGUUGAGGACUCGUCAAGCGGGCUCAUAGCGUGUAUGGUAGUUCCGCCGUCCCAAGCUCUAGCUCUGACUGAUUAGCCUUACGGUUUAAACUUGGACUGGUCAUUACAUUCGCAGGAGUCCGAUCUGGGACAUCUUGUUUACAACGCCUUGCAACCUGACCCCGGUCUGGAGGUAAAGAAAUCUCUCCGAUUAAUUGGAAACUUUAAAAGCCGGGAUUUUGGCGUGUCAUAUUUUUUUUAAUAAAGGCAGUAUGCGCUCGGUGCGCGUUUGAUUGAACACCAUCUCUAUCACGUCCCCAAUCCGACUGAAGAUUUAGAGGUUGAACGCAGUCAUUUGGGGUAAGGUGAGGCCUCGAGUAGAUUUCAACCUUUAACGAGUACUGAAAUAUCUCAUAGUAGGAAUAGAGUCUGAACCACAAAACUGAAUUCAUUGACUUCCCUAGUGCUUUACGCACCCGACGUAGCAUUGUCGUCUGAUAGGAGCCACGCGGUAGAUGUGCUGGAUUAAGUCGGGAUCCGACUGGCGUUAUUGGAAAUGACAGCAUUGAUCGAUGGCGGCAGGUCCAAGCCGCACCAGCUGGCAUUCGAGCCGCCCCCUUUUGAUCGGCAGGUCAGUAUAUUUUAAGGGUAAAAGGCAAUGCCUUUGAGAACCCUAGUGAUAACGGAGCAUGCCAUAUCUUACUUUAAAUAAACAUGGUACUAAAAUGUUGUUAGUAAUACGCACACUCUUAACAGAAUAAUGUUCUUGGAAAAUGCAGAACCGCCGAAACUAGAGAACAUUCAUUUGUAGAUAAUAUCGGUGAAAUGAAAUGCCUCGGUCAAAGGGCGACCUGAAGAUACGCAAAAGCGGCCUGGCGAGUUCGCAAGCCAACUCCCUCAGAACUUUUGUCGGAAUUUGGUCUGGACUCGGAGACUUACCCUCCUUAAGCGCUAGAAGUUCAUUCCUCACAUCUUCCGUGAAGUCGAUGUUUUUUUAUUAUUUCGUCGGUUGUUCCAGUAGACAAUCCAGCCUCGUCAAAGUCCGUUUCAUCGUUGAAAACAGAUACGAAAAACCGGCCAAUGUGUUCUGCCCUAGCGUCAUUUGCGAUGAUAUCCUCAUUGUUUUCUCCUUUCAACACUAAGACCGUCUCCUUGUUCUUUAACCUACUGUUGAUGUAACUGAAGAGCACUUUUGACUUAUCGAUGACCCGUUCCGUAACUCGCGUUUCAUACUCCUUCCGCGAUCUGCGGAUAGCCGACCUUACCUGGUUUCGCUUUCGACGAAACUGCUCGUAAUGAGAUGAUUGUUUUGUUGUUGCAUACCUUCUCCAUAGUUUAUGUCCUUCUUCAUCCAAGCAGGACGAAUAUUCUUUUUGACUCUCUUUGUCGGACAGUUUUGAUGCCUGAUGUUGGUUACAACUCCUUUGAGAGUGUUUCAAUCAAUGCCUGGAUGUCCAGAAAGAACAUCAUUCCAGUCCACUGCCGAUAAUUCGCUUCACAUGGCGGCAAAAUCUCCUUGCCAGCUAUUCAGCCGAGGCUCAAUCAUAUUCCCUUGUUGGCUGCAUAGGCGGUAUUCCCAAAACAGCAUGACAUGGUCACUCCUACCGAGCGGCUUUAUAGACCUAAGUUCGUCAGGACUAAUCUGGUCCUUUGUAAGGACGAGGUCCAGACAAUUUGCUCUUUGGUCCUCUCUGAUUCUGGUUGGGAACGUGACGUUUUUUACCAGAGGGAGAUUAGCUUUGCUUUGUGUUAGUGUACGUUGCGGAGCAGGGCGUGUGGUGUUAUGCCUAGGUGUGGGUUUUUGCCGUACUAACCAUCUAUGCUCUCUUCCACCGGUUUUUUGACUCUGUAAUGGCACCGGAUCCAGGUGGGGGGUAGGUAGUUUGCGGUAGAUGCCGCGCAAGUCGCUGUCUCUGCUGUGGAGCACACAGUGGACCUCGCCGGUCACGACGGUUGAACUGUCAUUAACUACGGACAAUGAAACGUCUGCAAUUCGUACAUUUCUCCCGCAGGAGAUGUCUCCCAACUGUGUGUGGGGUCCUGUCUCGCGUCGUUCAUCUUCAUAUAUUACUCAGGUCAUUGUUUGCUUGUCCUUUUCGCCUGUUUUUGCCUCAGGAACAUCCCUACGUGAUGACACUGGAAGCUGCGCGAGUGGUCGUCUUUGAUGAGGCGGACCGCCUGGUCGAGUCCAAUCACUUUGCCGAUCUGCGCCCAAUCCUCAACUUCCUGCGCUUUGGACGACCCCAUAAAGCCGGCGCAAUCGGGCAGGAGCAGCCACAGCAGCAGCAAUCGAACCACCGGAAAAGAGGGAAGGCAGGCGGGGUGGAGACGCCUGCGUCGAAGGACGUCGCUCGGGCCGCUGUGAGAAGGCAGACGUUUGUCUUCUCCGCUACUCUGACCUUUGUCCACAAAAAUGCCAUGAUGCCGGGGAUGAGAGCCGGGGCGAACAAGGCUGGCGGCAAACAAGGAGGCCAGAAGAUGGACGUUUCCAGCAAACUUGGUACGUGUUGUCUUUUUGUGUUACCGCUGCCUGCAUUUCGGCAGGAGACCAAAAUAUUAUCCAGCAAACACUUCUACUUAAUGUUAAUAAGUAACAAUUGUUUUUCGAUGAUAUGGUUUUAUGCUCGGAGGCUUCUGUGGUUGAAGUCUUGCAUCACAUAUCACUUUCUCACCACAGGUUUCCUUCGCAAUAUGCUGGGCCUCUCCGCCAAGACGAAGGUCGCCGACCUGUCCACUGAACAGCCUACACUCCCAGAAAGCAGUGCGGCGAGCAGCCUCGAUGCAGAUAAGGUAGGAACGAAGGUGUCGACUGCCCCCUCGGCCGCCCCCACCCCAGCCGCCCGCGCGGUCGUGUCUGGUCGACUGGGACCCUCGGGCUUAAGCGAGUUUCGCCUCACCUGUCGCACUCAAGCGGACAAGGAUAUCCUCUUGUUGUGGUUUCUGCUGCGUGGUCGGCGCCAGCUGACCUGUGGAGGUGGGGCUAACAGCGACGGCGGUCGUUGUCUUGUCUUCCUCAACAGCAAAUCCGCUGUUCGGAGACUGGCCGGAGUCCUGCGUCAGUGCGUGCACACCGGUGCCCUCGGCUCCGCUGUCAACGUCCUCCACGCCGACAUGGUGCAGAAGCAACGUCUGCGCUCUGUGGAACGCUUCCAGGGUAUGAUCCCUGCUUCUCUUUCGUCUUGCUUUUUAAUUUCCUCAGAAAUUGACUGCUACCUUGGAGUGGAUUAGUUUGAACUAAGUGUCGACCGAAAUUUGAUGUGUGAAUAUUUAGGCCGAUAUCCAUCAACCACAGCGGGAUUACCUUGUAUUCUGCAUUGACUGCCGACAGGCAGCCAGUAUUAUGUAUUAAGUCGUAGUAUACUAACAUCGGUCUAAGUAUGCAUGCAUAAAUUUCGACCUGCGCCUAUAGGCCUUAGCUCAAAAUGGUAUCUGGCAACCCAAUUCUCCAUUGGUGGCCGAUUCAGUUGCCCUGGUAAGAUAUAGCAAAUAGUUAAGUAACUUUCCCACUUAACUCUUCCCGGCUGCCGCAGUCGCCAUUUGUGUUGCGUCUAGCAGUCAGUUAUAGCUCACAAGGAAGUCUCCAUUGCUGCAGUACGAAUUUGUAAUUGCCCGCACCUGCCCCAAACCAACAACACGUUAAAUCCCAUGAACUGAGCCUCUCUGCCAUUGGCCUAGCCGAUAAGUGAGUUCCGUAAAAACGGUCGAUGAGCACCCCUCCACCAUUGUACAUUCCCGAUUGAAACCGACAGGACAACGAGCCCGUGGCCCAACGGUUAGAAGCGUUGGACUUCUAACAGCUCGCUGGAUCGAGCCCCAGGUGUUCCACACUUCGGGGUUGGGUAUGACUGCCCGACGACAGCUAAUAAGCCAAAAAUAGCCACUGCAGUCUCUCUUGUCUUUGUCGGUAAUGUUAUUCUGUCUAUAUCAUGCGCUGCUGUGCGACUGUUGGUUGGACUCGAGAGAGAGCCCGUAAGACACUACGGGACGAUCGAGUUCCGUAAGAAUGAUCGAUGAGAGCCCCUCCAUCAUUGUUCAUUCCCGAUCGAAACCAACAGGACAACGAGCUCCUGACCCAGUGGUUAGAGGCGUUGGACUUCUAACUAACGGGUCGCGGGAUCGAGCCCCAAGUGUUGGGUAUGACUGCCUGACGACAGCUAAUAAGCCAAAAAUGGCCACUACAGUCUCUCUCGUCUUUGUCGGUAAUGUUAUUCUGCCUAUAUCAUGCGCUGCUGUGCGGCUGCUGGUUGGGCUGGCUUCUGGAUGAGUGAGUUCUGUUGCACGAUCGGUGAUGCGUGAGAAAAUAAUUUGAGUCCUCAUCACACGACAUUCAACAAACUAGCUGGAAAACCACCCCGCCCUUUCUAACGACAAGUGGGCGGCAGUGGAAACUGUUAGUCAGUUAUACCGAAAAACAAGUUUUUCUAACCAUUUAGUACGUAUAUCCGUAUUUAUCUACAGUUCGUGACCUAUCUGAUGAGAUGUUACAGACUGUGCACUAAAAUCUCUAGCGUACAAAUAGCCCACCCGGUAUCCAUGAAAAUUAUGUUACGUUAAAGAGAGGCACGGUUUGCUUUUUACGGUAUUGCUUAUUAACUAAGAAAUGAUUUACCUUACCAUCAAGUCAGAAAAUGACUUUUUAACAGGUUAGUCAUUUAAAGCCUAAUAUAACUGCCAGCAGAGAAGGGAAAUGUCAUAAAACGGCAAAAUGGUGAAGGACAAUAAUAAAUACAACGUAUUAGUCCUUCGUUGCGUGUCUGUUUGCAUUUAAGACCACCGUAAGUUGGGAGGCCACCAAGUUGCCUAUGUUGGUUUUGUCUACACAAUUAUUAAGUACGUAAUCCAUUUUUACUGCAUUUAAGUGUGUUUUCACUGCCUAUCCCAGUUUCUUUUCAUUUAUGCAGAGAUUUUCAACCGGAUUAAGGUCUGGGUUGUUGGCGGGAAUAAAAGUGCCUCGCAGGCUACAGGCGGAGAGGCUGGCUGUGGUUUGAAAUAUUAGGUUAUAGUCGUAAGCUGAAUUUAAAUCAUGCCCCCUUUAAGCAGUGAACAAGGGCAUUAUCCUGCGCUAUUAGUUUGUUUUAUUCGACGUCGAUGAAUACCGUUGUAACCGAAGGCAUCCUUUACGAUGUUGAUGAUCACCCUGUUAUUUAUCGUCUCCAUUGUUGAACUCCAGAUUGGUCGCUUUCCAAACCAUCAGGCAUCGACAGUUCCUUAAUGUUGCUGUUGAUAUCAUGUGCCCUCAUGGGAAUUUUUUCCCACAUACGAUCACCUGGGCCGACUUCAGAGGCCUGUCUAAGACUAAAACCUUAUCGCAGAAGUAAAUUCUGUUUCAGAAUGGAUGUCUCUUUUCGAUGUUUUCUUGAAAAAAUGAAAAAAAAAACUUCUUCUAAUUAGUUUUUUUAUUAAAAAUGCCUUUGUCAUAGCAUUUUGCUGAUGGACACCGAAUUUUUUCAUCCUGACCCCGAUUAUGCGCGUAGAAUACAUUGACAGCUGUUCCCUGUGAGUAGUCUUAAUAGGCAUAUAAUGGUGCUUUUUAGUAGCCGAUAAAUAAGAUCGCCGUCUUGCUUACUUGUAGGCCGUUUCGGUCGUCCUUGCUUAAUUCCAGGCACUGCUCUAUCACUAAUAAUUCUCGGAAAAAAUGGCCUGACUAAUGUUGGGAAUAUUGGCUGACGACUCACGCGGCAGCCCUGCGGCUGCCAAUUUGCGUAUGCGCUCAAAAUCGUCGUGCGACAGAAAGUGCUUUAACAUCUUGAUCGCACGGCACAGAAAAGUGACCACACCUCGCCGGUACUUGACGUAUACUUGUUUACGCCAACCUACUCUCGAUGUGGCAAAAAAACAUACUGCCAGCCAAGUGUACUACUGCAUUUUGUGGCAGAAAGUCACAAAUUUGAAAAAUAGAAUUUUUAAAGACUGACACCUCAUGUUUUUAGAAAACAAUACGAUUUCACAUAUCUUAAUCCACCUGAUUUUCAAGUACACCAAACGCCCUUUUUCGUUCCCACAUGGGAUUAACUCGAAAACCGUCUUGUUUAUCUGAAUGUUCCUUUAUAGCACUACGUGUAAAACUAAGAAGCCUAGACAUGUAAUGCGAAAUACCGUAGUCGCCCACACCGGAAACAAAACAGGCCGAGAAUCGAUUGAAGUCUGGGCCUCGGAUGAGAACUCGGUCAAUCGAUUUAUCGAUCUGGCGCCGGCGUACAGAGCCCUGCAUAGUCAACUCCAGUCGUGCGCCGUUUGUCGAUGAUUGGCCUAUAUGCUUUAUAACUGUCGAACGUUCUGUUGCUGCUACUACCUCUGACGAUGGACUCCUGUAUGAGUCUGAAAGCUCAGAUUAACAAACAAAAUUUUCCGGAGCUCGAAACCUCUUCUUGUUCACUUAUGAAUACACCUGGAACUCGAAAUUUCGCCUUCAACCGUAGUAUAUUACUUGAAUAUCAAGGAACGUCUUAACUUUCUUAACAAACUACUGCCAACCAAGUGUAUUACUGCAUUUUGUGGCAAGAAGUCACAAAUUUGAAAAAAUAGAAUUUUAAAGGUUGACACUCCAUGUUUUUCGAAAACAAUGCGAUUUCACACCCACCUUAAUCCACCUGAUUUUCAUGUACACCAAACCUCGUUUUCCGUUCCCACAUGCUUAUAUGAAUGUUCCUUUAUAGCACAACGUGUAAAAUUAAGAAGCUUAGGCGUGUACUGCGAAGUACCGUAGGAUAUUACUUGAAUAUCAGGAAACGUCUAAUUUUGCCUAAAACCGAUCCGAAAUAAAUUCUUCAUUAGUAAAAGGUUUCAAUAAGCAUACAUAACCACACCAAGUAUGUGUGGCACUACCCUCUUAGAUGCCGAGCACGACAUUUCAUUAGUUAUGCCAUCUACUAUACCUACUAUCUAUUAUAUAGUAGUGUCUGUAUUGUACUUACAUUUGCUCGCAGCGUGUCCGUCUGGCAUCGUGCUGGCCACCGACGUUGCCGCACGUGGCCUUGACUUCACCGGCACCAAGGACGCCGGGGGCGUGAGUUGGGUGGUGCACUUUGACGUCCCGCGCACGGCGGAAGUCUACAUCCAUCGCUGCGGUCGAACUGCCCGCGCCCAGCGUCGGGGUGUAAGCAUCCUUCUGAUGGAACCGUCGGAGAACGUCCGGUGGUACAAGGUGGCCCAGAGUCUCAACAGCAGCGCAUCAGGUAGGUGUCUGCCGCGCCCCAGACGGACGCUCAUUGUUCCCAGCCUCAUUCCCAGACGGCUUGAUCUUCAAACACCCCCCCCCCCUUCACCGUAUGACAGAGGAAACAAAGAGUAAGGCCAGCACUGAGGACGCGAUCCGCGUGUCAAAUCCACGCAUUCCUUGCUAGGAUCAAUUUAGGUGUGCUCGAAUCUACCAAGACACACACACUGCAGUUAGUAUCAGUAUCAGUGUAUUUCAGGGAACAUAGGUAUGUACCUUUGAAAUUCCGAUUGGUUACAUGCAGAGGAAGUAUAUUGAGAAAAUGGAAAGAAAUGCAAGGGGAAUAACAAAAACUGUACAGAUGUGCACAGAAUUUCAUGCGUUAACAGCAAUCAAAGGUAUAUGAACUCGGUUUGUUGAUUAGAUGCAGCAGACAGUUGAAGCACACCUAAGAUACAGGAAAAGAAGUAAAUUUUUUUAGUAUGCAGGUAUCGUAGUGAGUGUAAGCAGCGGUGGACGACGUUGUCCAAAAUUAAUAAAUUACAUAGACAUAUGCUACUUGAAUGUUGGUAGUAGCACCAUAUACUGACUGCUGUAAAAAAUCCUUAAAAAUAUAAAGUUAAUGGUUUUUCUUCUGACAGUUCCCGCUGACUUGCCCGACCUUGAACCCGGUCCCUCGUCCGAGGAGCUGUCCGACUGCAGUCAGAUCGCCCGCCUAAUGCGCGAUCUGGAUCAGGCCGAACACACCGCCUCCAAGAAGACUGCUGAACGUGAGUGGUUCAAGCGUUCCGCCGCUGAAGCAGAUAUCAUCUUAGAUUCGGACCUGGAAUCUGCACCGGACAGGUACAACAACUAUCAUAUCCCGUCUACUUUAAGUACAAUAUGAUUUCAGCAACAUUUUCUGAAAAUUGUUAUUAUUUUGGAAUAUAAGCCUCUUUGCCUCCCCUCAAAGUGCAAAAACGCGCGCACUUUAGCCGAUGUGCUCCUCAGAAGGUUAUUUUUUAAGUUUCUACGGUUCUUCACUAGAUCGACUUUUCAUCGAUCUCACUUGGACAGUUCGAUCGUCGUGCCCGAUGAUGUCCACCGUGCGCUCCACAGCUAGGUGAAACAGGCACGGUGACUUGCGCGUGAAUUAGUUUAUAGUGAGACUGGCUGGCACGGGCAGGCCCGCACCACCACCACCACACCCCCUUGUCCACAAAAAAUACUUGACCAGGAUUUAAACCAACGACAACAGUCCCAUAACAGGUCAGAAAAGCGACGAGGAUGAUGACUGGGCAGACAUGCUCACGCCCUUUAUACCCAGCGAGAGCGCAUUCACCGGCAGGGGACCAAGUGCCCGUGCAAACCAGGCUGCGAGGGCCAUACUUUGCUCAACACGGCAUGGUAGAUUUAAUCAUACUUUCCGAUGCUCAGAAAUCUAUUUCUUGUUGCAUUACUUUUAUCUGGGCGCUUCUCAGACACAGGGGAGCAGUACUGACGGUAAUCUAAGAGACUGAGGUGAUCGUUUUUGGUCCAUUAGCCGUCGUCAGCCAUGCCAAGCACCAGCCCUGGGCGACCUAUGGUUUGAAUCGGGGGACUUCGGUCAUUUAGCCUUAAACGGUCCAACGCCCCGCCCAUUGGCUUACGGGCCCGCCGUCCUGUGAAUUGUGAUCGGGGGCGUUAAACACCGUAGUAUAGGCAUUCACCGAUCCGGUUACGGGACCUGUUUGUGCCGAUGGGCCUCGAGGCUCAUUCUAAAGACCUUGUAGGCCGUCGCGGGCAGGCCCGCACCUAUGCGUACCACCACACCCCCUUGCCCACAAAAAAUACUUGACCAGCAUUCUGACCAACAACAACAGCACCAUAACGGAUCAGGAAGGGGACUUCACAUCGAUCUUAAUUGGACAGUUCGAUCGUCGUGCUCUAUGAUGUCAACCGUGCGCUCCACAGCUGGGGGAGCAGGCAGAGUGAUUUGUGCAUGAAUUAGUUUAUAGUGAGAGUGGACUUGCACAGCGCCUAUCGCACUCUCCCUCCGUGGGUCCGGCGUCAAGACAUAGUCAGGAAGACCGGAGUGGGGAUAUAGUGCAGGUGGCUGACACGGAGAGACCCGCACCUAGGCGUAGCACCACAGCCCCUUAUCCACAAAAAAUACCUGACCAGGAUUUAAACCAACAGCCAGAGCACCAUAACGGGUCUGAAAGGGGACGAGGAUGAUUGGGUAGCCAUGCACACACGUCCUGUAUACCCAGCGGGAGCGCAAGUGCAUUUGCCGACGGGGAACUAGGUGCCAGAGAAUUGACAGCGCCCAUCAGGUUGCGAGGGCCAUGGUUUACUGAUCAUGGCAUAGCAUAUGCUUGCAUAACUGGACCCUGGUUGCCUGAUAGUAGCAUUCUCGAAUUUUCUACGGGAUUUGUUUUUAAUAAUCUGCUUCGUUACGGGUAGUCACUAGUUGAUAGUGUCUUUCUGAAGGGAUGAAAUGCUUAUGCUAAAUAAUAUAAGUGGAAAUCGUGAAGAAUUGUUAGUAUUUUCUGCAUUUACGCGAAUUUGGCAUACGCGUGCCUCUGAUUUCCAGGCAGUGUGUCUUUUCCUUUUAAAAGGUGCGACGUCCCCUUUCAAACCGCAAUGAAGUUAGUCCCCACCACCCUAACAAUAGCACAAAAUAACGCCUAUAAGCGAUCUAAAUGCAUAUUAAUAUACUAAACCACACUUUACCUAGUGCGAAUUCUUCAAGGAUCUAAAAGAUGCCACCCGUCUUAAAAGCUUUUAUGAUGUCAAGGCUAACUACUAAAGUAUAUUAAGUAGGAUGUUUGUCAAUGUACUAGGAUAUAUAACCGCGUUUCCGCGGACAGCGAAAAUAAGUCGAAAGCACGCACAAUACGCCUUCUACUUACUUUGCUUUUAGUGAUUCUUCUGUGCACGCACCCUCCCAGAAACGACGGAAGAAGGACAAGUCACUCCACAAUAUGCGACAACAUUUAGACUCGGUUGGUAUUCUUUUUUGAUUUUUUUCGUCAAUUCGUACUUUUUUUCCCUUCCUUCUAUGGAUUAGUGGAAACUAUAAUGUCCGGGGGAAGGAUCGACUGAUGACUGCACAUUCACUCCUGGAAAGACAUGUUUUACGUGGUAGCUUACGUAGUUGCCACAACUGUGACCAUGCCUGAUCGAUCCCACCUCUAUGGUGUCAUGAAUGGUACCUCUCCACGCCUGAGCAUCUGCGGCGGCGGAUCUGAAGGGGUCGGUCAGUUCCUUCCACAACGGAGACCGAUUACAGAAGGUUUAAGAACUGCCACAAUUCAGGAGACGAAGAUGGGAUCAUUGAAGCAAGAGAUUUAUUGGCCUGACGUUUCAGAUUCGCACUCGAACCCAUCAUUAGAGGGUCUGUCUCUGGUAAUGGGUUCGAGUGAGAAUCCGAAACGUGAGGCCAAUAAACUUCUUCUAUUGAUCGCACCUUCGUUUUCUGAACUUCAUCCUGGAACACGUCUGUUCGCUUCUAUUAGCAACCGCCGCAAUGUCUUGACGAAUUGUGUGGAGCCUCUUGUUGACCUCCAGGCGGACAACGCCGUCUGAUCGGGGGCAACACUAGUUACCUUUCUUGGGUGACUAGUUUUUGUCGCAGUGGCUGCGAACUGGUUCAUUCGAGAUCUUCAUCUUGGCGUAGAUAUCGCGUCGGGUCCAAAGGCACUGUCUUGUGACUCCACAGCUGCAGCCCCACCUGGACACGUCGAGGUCUGGUCUGGCACUCCGGGUGCUCGAUUACGACACUGUCAUGUCAAUAGUGUACCACCUCUAAACAAGUUUGUCUGUCACCGUUGAGGAUCACAGCUACUUAAAAUGUCUCAGAAACCUCAUGAAAAUGUCCGGACGUGAAAAUCCCUUUUCGAAACACUUGGGACGGUCUCCACUGAAGGUUUGCUCUGAAAUGAGUAGGCCCUCGACCCGACGCAUAAGCAAUCGUGAACCACAUGCGAGUUAUGCAAUCAGGCUUCGCUAGGCGUUUACCUAUAAAAUAGCCACAACCACUUCCCUCCCCUCCCCCCAGAUGCUGUCGCCUUACUGCUUAGGCUUUUGCAUUCGCGCCGGUUGAAAUCAGAGGUAUCUCGCUCCUUCCCCCUCUCCCCUGAAAUCUCCGUGAGCAUUAAGUACUUGCGCCGUCAUCUCCCCAACUGUCUAAACCAGCAUCGCUGCUGGCUGCCAGAACGCCUUCGUACCCGCUUUGAUUCGGUUACAGAGUGAACGCCAGUGUUUCGGUGCUAACUCUGACCUUGAGCCAUGCUCUUCUGGAACAGGCCGAGUAGCCAAAUGACCUGGAGAAAAAAGAUGAGCUCGCUGGAACGGGUUUAUUUAGGUGCUGACGUUUCGAAGACCUGGGUCGGCUCACCAUUGUCAAAGCGUAACAUGCACUUAAUCCCAAGUUGCAUGUCACGUUGGUCGACCUCAUUAUGCUCAAUUGUUCUCAUCUCUCGCUGCCUCGGCCUCUCAUGGGAUGGUUGACGGGUGUUUUAUCUGUGUGCUCUGAGUCCUCGCUUCGUCGGGUGGUUCUUCCCCGCCAAGUAGACUCGCCGUCGACCUGUCUAUGUAUAACCUUCCUAAGUCCAAUGUGAUUGGUUAGUCCUGAGCUCCAUGAACGUGAUGACGUAGGACUUUGUAAGUUGAAGGAAGGUCCGGAUGCCUGUUGAUAGAGUUGGCACCAGAGUACGACGCCUCGAGCGUUAGUCAUUCUGCUCAGUUUCUCUAACGUGCGUUACCAGUUGCGAUUUUGGGUCUAGCCUUCGAGUCGCCGGUUUGUGCUCUUGUAUGCGGGUCUGCUCCCGAGAUGUCAAUAGGUGGUAGUGUGUCCUUAGCUUGCAUCAGAUAGCGCUCUAGUGUUGCCUGUGGUCGAUGGGCCAUGCCUACUCUGACUGGUUGUAACAGUCGUCACACCGCCUCGGUGCCCCCUUUAGCGUAGGGAAUGGAUCUCCAGACUUCGGGCCAAAUGACCGCUGCAUAGUAUCAGCGUAAUCACUUUUUUGAUCUUCACGGUUAUUUGCUUCGCUGAAUUUUUCGCAGCCUUUUCUACCCUAGAGUCCAUGCACACACAACCAAUUAACCUCCUUAUCCGCUUGCGGGACAAAUUAUAACUCGUGAUUGUUUAGAUACCUUAUUUGGCUAAACUGUCGAUGAACUGAUAACGGUGAAGUAACCAUGCCUUUCUUCUUUUAGCUGAUUGCGGGGUUUCAGGAGAAGACAAAGAAGGCGACCCUUUCGCACAAUCUGCAAGUUGGAAAGAAGUGGUGCUCCUUCUCGACUUCCACGUGA